UCUCUACUUGGUCUGUGUGUAUAAUGUUGUGAUGUGAGUGAGGUAAUGAGGUUAUGAAAUAUUUUUCAUCACUUAUCUUAUUUUUCUCGUUGUAUAUUUUUUAUUAGCGUCAUUGUUUCAAGUUUGGAUCCUUUGAAUUACUGCUGUACUCAUCCGAAAUGUCUACACGCUGGUAUCCCAUAUAUCAAAAGGGUAAUCCACAACUCAGAGUAUUUUUGCCCAAUUUCUGGAUGAAACUCGUACGCCCUCUUCCUAAACAAUUACCAAAUAUAGUCAACUUCCAAUGUUCAAUGGAAAUGACAAAGUACGACGUGAAAAACUACUUGCAAAAGAUUUAUAACGUACCGGUAGUGGAGGUACGAACCAGGAUCACAAUGGGUAAAUUCAGAAAAGAUGUUGGAAAAGGGUAUGUUGUUAAAGAUGAUGACAUAAAAUAUGCCUUUGUAACUUUGCCAAAGGACAUGAAAUUUGAAUUCCCAGACAUUGUUGACAAAGCGAAGGAAAAUAAGGAAGAGAAUGAGAAAUCUUUAGAAGACGCAAAGAAAACAUUCAAAGCAUACAUUGAUCGCAAUAAAGAUAGACCUGAUGUCCCCAGUUGGUUCUCCAUUUAGUUCAGAAAUAAUUUGUGUAGAUAAUUAUAGUAUAAUUUAAACAUGUUAAAUACUUUAUAAGCAGGCAAACCAAUAAACAUUACAAAAUACUA